AUGGAGGAUCAGGCUCUCUAUAUUGAGCCUCCAGGAACUGUGACAAUUGAAGACUUACACCAAGGCCAGGAAGCAGUUGUCGUGCUCAAGCCCACCCCAACGGAGGACCCAAAUGAUCCGUUGAACUGGCCUCAAUGGCGAAAAGCCCUCAACUUCGCCCUCGCCAGCUUCUACACCCUGGCGACAUUCGUCCUCCUCGACAUCGGGACCGUAAUCUGGGUGGACCUAAACGCCGAGCUCGGAAUCAGCUGGUCCAAUCUAAACAACUCCUUCGCCGCAAACCUAGCGGGUCUCGCAGUCGGAUGCAUCCUAAUCAUCCCCUUCGCAAUCAAAUACGGUCGCCGCAGCAUCUACAUCCUCAGCUCAGCCAUCCAACUCGCGACGGCAAUAUGGCAGGCGAAGAUGAACACGACCGCUGAGCUGCUGGCUAUCAAUGCGUAG